GGCGCGGGGCGGCGGUGCUCUGCUGUGUGGCGGCGGCACGGAGCGGUGGGUGCCGGGGCGUAGGUGAGUGCGUUCGGGGGGGGGGGGGCACCGGGAGCGGGACGGCGGUUCGGUACCCGGUGACUCUCGUGUAAGGGAAGUGCCGCGGAGCUGAGGCUGGGAAGGGAGGGGGAGGCGUUCGCACGGAACUUUGUGAAUCAGUUCUCGAGUUUGGGGGCGCGGUGCUGGUAAUGUAGGAAGAGUGCCCUGUGCUCUCGGCUACGGUGCAUAUCGGUGUCGCUUAGCGAGCCGGGAAACGUCGGUUCCUUUCUCUGCCGAAAGGCUGGCGGUGCUCCAGGGAUGCAGUGUGCCGUCUUUGACCUCCAGUCCUUUGCUGGAGGCUCAGCAGUCAGCCAGCUGAAAGCAGCUGUUGCCUUCCCCAGUGUACCAUUUGGGGCUGCCCACCUGUCUUGCUUCUCAUCAGUGUUGCUGUAUGGAUCUUGCCAUCAGGUGCUGUUAAGCAGAAAUAAAAGUGAGGGAGGGGGAAGGAUACCACUUAAAGCAUCUUUGGUAAAGCUGGAGUAGUGCUGGCAGUCCUGCUAGAAGGAAGUGGCUUCAGCGUGGAAACAAAGUGCUUGCUCAGUUGCCUGUGAUAGAGAGGGAGAAACUAAUGUAAAUGCAGGUGACCAUGCAGAAUGCAGUUCAGGUGUGGUUUGGAGAUGACCUUCCUUUAUGUCCUCGAAGUCCUCUGACUCCCAGACACGGCCCAGGUCUGGCAGAUGUGUGCCUGUAUGACCAGUGGAUAUCUGUGCGGCAUGAAGCAACUUUGGUGCCUAUGCAAGAAGACCUGUCAAUCUGGCUGUCUGGCUUGCUGGGAAUAGAAGUCACAGCAGAGCAACUGCUGGAAGAACUUGAUAAUGGAGUGCUACUCUGCCAAUUGAUUGGUGUUCUUCAAAACACAAUUAAAAAAUCAUGUAGCUCAAAUAAUUUAAGGAAUUUUCCAAUGAGAAAAGUUCCAUGUAAGAAGGAUGCUCCAUCAGGAUCUUUUUUUGCCAGAGAUAACACAGCCAACUUCCUUAACUGGUGUAGGGCCAUUGGAGUUGAUGAGACUUACCUCUUUGAAUCUGAAGGUUUAGUUUUGCACAAGGAUCCAAGACAAGUGUAUCUUUGUUUGUUGGAAAUUGGACGCAUUGUAUCCAGAUAUGGAGUUGAACCUCCUGUGCUAGUAAAACUGGAGAAGGAAAUUGAGCUAGAAGAAACACUGCUAAGGACCUCUGGACCAGCAUCACCUGUUAACACAGCAAAGUCAUGUUGUCAACAUGGGGAGCUACAUGAGGCAGUUAAACACAUAGCAGAAGAUCCGCCCUGCAGCUGCUCCCAUCGAUUUUCCAUUGAAUACUUAUCUGAGGGGCGUUAUAGACUGGGAGAUAAAAUAUUAUUCAUACGAAUGCUACAUGGCAAACACGUGAUGGUCCGUGUUGGUGGAGGCUGGGACACACUCCAAGGUUUUCUGCUUAAAUAUGAUCCCUGCCGAGUGCUUCAGUUUGCAACUCUGGAGCAAAAAAUCUUGGCAUUUCAGAAAGGGGUCACCAGUGACAAUAUCUCCAACUCACCAGCCAGAAUUCAGGAACCUCCUGUCAUGAACCCAAUGUCAGCUGUCAAUAUGUUUCAAAAGCAGCCAGCAAACCCCCCUACUCCUGUUCCAGCCCUAAAGGCUAUCCAUGGGGCAACAGCUAAGAAGCCUUUAUCUAAACAUCCUCAGUCUCCUGCCCUGACAUCACCAAAGGUGCCAGUGCAUGCAUCCUCCACUGCCAAGUUGUUGUCAGCCAGACCCAAACUAACAGAUGCUCAGUCUCCUUUCAAACCAUUGACGGGCACCUCAAAGAAACUGGCGUCUCCUGCAUGCCACUCGCCAGCUCCUGUUCCUUCACUGCCUGCAAGCAAGAGUUCUUCAUCUACAAGAUCAAGAACAGCUCUUGUUCACUCUGAAACAUUACGCAAACGUAUUCGUUCCCCUGAUGCCCCAAAGGUGAGAUUUGCCCCAGCCCAAGGCUCCCCAGCAACAGGUAUGCAUUCUGCACUCUCAGCAUCUAAGAAACAGUUGUCUCAGUUGCCUGCAACAGCUGAAACAUUGGCUUCGAAACAGAAGUGUGUCCCCUCUAAAUCUAAACCUGCAUCUGUCACUAAAACCAAAGCAAAUGCUGUUGCUCCGAGGCCAGCCCGGUUACCCGUUACCAAUCUACGUGCUGUUGCCAAGUUUGCACAUUCCCAGCAGCUCUAUGUAAAACCUCCUUCUGAAAAUACUACUCAGGCAUCAGGAUCUGGGUCUCAGCAUCCUCGGAAAGCUCCACAAACAGCUUCUGACCUGGCAAGGAACAUGAAGACUGGUUCAAUCCUAAAGCACUCAGCUUCUGUACCUUCCCUGGCAGUUAGUAAAGCACUGAAGUCACCACCUAUGCUGGGAUCUACAAGCAAAAAUGUAACAGCAUCUGUCAAAAAGACACCAACUACAGAGCAUCUACAGACCCCAAAUGUCAAUAAGCCCCCUGAGGUUGGGCCAUCCUCGUCCAAAACCCCUGAACGCACUCCGCUCUCUGUUGUGCGGCUUCCUCAAACUUCAGCCAAAGUGGCAGUGACCAAAAAAGCAGUGCAGCCCUCCACAAAAAGUCAGCCUUCAAACAGAGACUUGCAAGCCAAUGGAAACAUGGUCCCAGCAGCCAAGAAACCUCUCUCUAAAGGAAAAUCACCAACAGCUUGUAACAAAGGAGCACCUAGUGCUUCGAAAGGGCCUCUCCUGAAGAGCAAACAAGAUGAUCAUUAUUUUGUUAUGACUGGGAGUAAAAAGCCCAGAAAGUAAACCUGUUACCUUCUGUGGAAGUCUCAUUAGCAUUCAAAGGGGCUCUGAAAAUUGCUACACUAAGGAGAAAAAUAAGUUGACUAACACUACGUGUGCCAUGCCAGAUGUUAGGCAUAAUUACAUUUUGCUGCAUAACUUACAGUAAUAACUGUAUUUAUGUUGAAGUUUUAAAACUUUUUAAGAUAUAUUUAGAAGUAAGCUUGCUUGCACUGUGGAAUAGAGGUUAACCCUGUUUGCUGCUAGCCUGACCUGCUGUGGGGAAAGGCAGGAGAUAGGAAGGGGAGCUGGGAAUGCUGCUGCUGUUUGUUUUCCAGGGAAUUAAGCUGAGCAAUUCUGGCUGUUCUAAGCACAUCUACAUCAGGGCCUGUGGCAAUUGAUAGAGCUGUGCAUAUGCUAUAAAAUUUCUAAUACCUCAAACAAAAUUGUUGUGGGUUUUUUUCCCUUUUUUUUUUUUGUUUAAUUUUUAAGUUUGUUAGUGUUCUAGGACCCCAAAUCCGGAUCUCCUAUGUUUAUUAGAGACACUGGAAGACAGAGGGUGGUGAGGCGCUGCCACAGGCUGCCCAGAGAGCUGUGGGUGCCCCAUCCCUGGAGGCACUUAAGGCCAGGUAGGAUGGGGCCCUGGGCAGCCUGAGCUGGUGGGUGGCAGCCCUGCUUAUGACACACGGUGGGACUGGAUGGGCUUUAUGUCCCUCCCAGCAUACACCGUUCUGUGAUUAGAGAGAAAUCUCUAGUCUUGUUCAGUUUGACUACUGCAGCUAUCAGCAUUCACUGUGUCCCUACAUGGCUUCAGCUCACUUGGGCGUGGAGCCUUGGCUUAUAUUACAUUGUGCAUAGAAAAUCGUGGCCUUGAUCACUCUUUCUUGUGCCUUAGCAAUGCUACUUGUAAAGGCCUGGGGAGACAACUUUGCUUAGUAUGUACUUCAGUGUGACUACAGGUAAGCCUGCUUUUUCCCUAGGAAGCUCUUGCUGCAUUGGGAGAAGUACCUGAGUUGCUGCAAGGGCACUUUCCUGCAGGAUGGACCCCAUGGGGCUGACACGAGGCCUGCUCAGGCAGAGUCUUGCUGCUCUGCAGAAGUGGCCUUUUCCCAUAAAACUGAACUGCUGAAUACUUACUGGUGCUUGAGGUUUAUUUGUGUGGGCAGUCUUAGUCUGUGUUGGCCUUUGUUUUGUUUACGGAGACCUUGCUACUGGCUCUCCUGUAUUACUUUUCCAGAGGUGAGGAGUAGUUUCUCAAAGAGCUAACAAGGGCCUAUCUUUGCCUUAAUGCCUCUGAAAGGUCCACGGAGUUAAGUGCCAUUUACUCUCAACUCCUGAAGGCUCUUAGUAGGUCUCUGGUACUCAGCAGAAAUGAGUUUCAUGGUAGAUGAAUGAAAACUACUCUCUCUAGAGGUAGCACUGUUUAAGAUAUUUUGGGUUCAACGAACAGUCAGUCCUAUGAAUGUCAAGGAACUCUUACAUUCUGUGGAGAGACACUGCAACUGCUGACUUCCACAGGCUGUUGUUACUCCUGCUGUCAAGAUAUUUACUUAUGGGUAUAAGAGGCACAUGGAAACUGCAGCUUCUGAUGCUGUAUGUUGAAUAUUUUUUUCCUGGAACUAGAAUAAGCAAGCACUGUAAACUAAUAAUGAGUUUUAAUGUGCAAUGGCGACAUUAUCAAGCUACCUUUCUGAGCACCUUGUUAGCUUCAGUUAUUUAUCAUUCUAUUUAUGCAUCUCUACUGUACAAUUCUGUUUACAACCUGCUGGGAGUAAACAAAAUAACAGUAUACAGACUGUUAGAGGAAAAUAUCAAUUUGUUCCCACAAAGUCAUGUUUGAACUUGUAUGUGUGGGGAAGGCCUUAUUGCUUAAUUAUUUUAUAAAUGCACUGGCCAAAGCCACUACUGCAAAUGUUAAGAAGAGUAUUGAUUGUAGGGAAGUUAGAUUAAAAUUGACGUACUAUUUCAUACUCUGAAAGCAUUUUGCAGUAGAUGACUUGCUUUUGAUUUUGAGCUCCCAUAUAGCGAGCUGUGAUGCAAUAUCUCGUGCAGAAGAUGAAUUGAGGUUUCUUUCUAUACUGAGUCUGACUGGGAUGGAGUUUGCUUUCUUCAUAGCAGCCCAUAUGGUGCUGUGUUCUGAAUUUGUAGCUGACACAGUGCUGAUAGCACAGCAGUUUCCAAAAUCUGUUUGCACGGCAUCAGGGCUUUGUCUUUUCCCCAUGCUGACCCUGACAGCAAGUGGGUUGGGAGUGGGUGCUUGGCUUCUGGCUGGGUUCAACAACCCUCAACACUUUUUGAACUGUUUACAAGUUUCACAGUACUACUAUAAACACCAGGACUCUUGGAUCCCAGUUGUAACAGUUAUCUCAGCAUCUACCUUUGGGAACAAUUACUUGUGAGAAAGUAAAGUGGAGGAUUUCAACUUUGUAAUCUGUUUACUCAUGUAAUAGAUUGAAUUUUGUCAUUCAGAGUGAAAUGGAAAAGUGUAAACUGGGACACAGGCACUGAAAAAGGAAAAAAGAAAAAUCAUUUUACUGUUGAAAACCUAAAUAGUUAAUCUAAAGAUGCUUUGUGGGCUAUAUAUGCGUUAGCUUGGUUUGGUUUUUUAUUACAAAAAUAGUAUAAGUAUGAUCCAGCUUGUGCAAAUAAUUGCAGUCUUCAACUUUUUAUUCAGUUAUGUUAUAACUGAUGAUGUCAGGUGGCACAAGGUGAGCCAAUAAUCAAAAUGUAACAAAAUACCUCCUGCUGAAAAUACUGUUUUCACAAUGUUUAUAUUGCCAAACAGUAAAUCUGAUCUUCAACUUGUAUUACUUUUUGUGUGGGAAAGAUUAUUUGGAACAAGAAUCUUACUGAAUUCUCCACAUGCUUUUGAUGUCUUUGAGUACUUAUUCUAAAUAAACAUAUACUGCACCUUU